AUGACGUCAUUAAAGUCACAUUACGGAGUUCGAGAAGCAAAUAGACAGGACGUACCUUCCAUUGCAAAGAUGAUUCAGGAUCUUGCGGAUUACUUGGGCAAGAGAGACGAGCUGAAGAUCGGAGAAAAGGAGCUUCUUCGUGACGGAUUUGGCAAACACCCUUUGUUUCACUGUGUUAUUGCUGAAGAGAGAGUAGAAAAUAUCGAAGGUACAGUACUGGAGUUAAAUGAUCAUACUCCAACACAAAACCUGGAGGCGCCAAAAAAGAACAAAGAGGCUUUAGGAGUUGCCAUUUACUACUUCACUUACUCUACAUGGGAGGGUCCUGUUUUAUACGUGGAAGAUCUUUUUGUCACUCCCAAUGCUCGAGGUCAAGGGAUAGGAAGUUCACUAAUGGCAGCGAUAGCGAAGAUUGCCAAGUCGUGUGACUGUCAAAGAAUGCAAUGGGUUUCACCUUCCUCGGAAAGAACUAUAGGAUUUUACAGAAAACUGGGAGCGAAAAGCAUGCCGGAUUGGAGACUAUUUCGCAUGGAGAAAAGUGACAUUGAAGAACUUAGCUUGGCAUCUGAAUGA